AUGACACGUAGUCAUGAGGAACACUUAGAACAAGCAUCUGAUCAUAUAGACUCAAACACUGGCCAUAGUGUUUCGUUUGUGCAUAACCAGCCAACAUCGUACCCUAAAAUAUAUCAAGAGACAGUUGUGGGCAAUGAAAACGGUGGUCGGGUUUCAGUAUUUCUCCCACAUAAGUGGUUGACGGUGUUGUCAAAGGUGGUGAUCGGAGUUCUUGGGCGGCGUUGGAGGAGGCUGUUGAGAUUUUCGAUCGCCGAGUGCGUUUCAGUGAGUUGCUGCCCGUGCGCCGUUGUCAACAUCUUUACGCUCACAUUUCUUAAGCUUCCAUGGAUGAUGGGGAGGAAAUGUUUGGGUAAUAAAAACAAGAAAAAGAAACUCAUUAAACAUGAAGAUAAAUAUGGGAGUUCAAGAAGGGAGCAGGGAGAGAAUGGAGCCAUUGAAUUAGGAAGUUGUAAGGUCCCCGCAAACCACACCGCCCACCCUAAGUACAGUGCAAGGUAUGAAGUAGAAAGGGUUUGGUUAGAAUUGUAUAAAGUUGGUCAUUUGGGUUUUGGUAGGGUUUCUUUUAGCGGCAUCCAAUCACUUGGUUGGUAG